AUGAGGUCAGAAAUGCGACAAUUUACUUAUUCUGGCAUCCUCAAGAUCACCGAUAAUUUACAGAGAACACUGGGGAAAGGUGGAUUUGGAACAGUCUACCAUUGCUACAUGGAUGGCACUGAAGUGGCUGUUAAGAUGCUUUCUCCAUCAUCAGCUCAAGGGUAUCGGGAAUUUGAAGCAGAGGUUAAGCUUCUGACUAGAGUUCAUCAUCGAAAUUUGAUGACCUUUUUUGGGUACUGCCAUGAAGAAGCACACAUGGGGCUCAUUUAUGAGUUCAUGGCCUGUGGAAACUUGCAAGAUAGAAACACUAACACCCCAAUCAGCUGGGAUGACAGACUCCGAAUACAACUCGAAGCAGCACAAGGACUAGAGUAUCUGCACAAUGGUUGUAGGCCACCAAUAAUCCACAGAGAUGUGAAGCCUACAAAUAUAUUGUUGAAUGAGAAUUUGCAAGCCAAACUGGCCGACUUUGGUCUAUUCAAAGUAUUACCCAGCACCGAUGGUGCUUCUCACGUGUCCACCAUUGUUGCUGGAACUUUUGGGUACCUCGAUCCUGAGUACAACACAUCAAACAGGUUAACGGAGAAAAGUGACAUCUACAGUUUUGGAGUUGUUAUGCUGGAGAUAAUCACAGGCCGACCUGUGAUAGCAAGAAAUCCUGAGAAGACUCACGUGAGUACAUGGGUGAGUUUCAUGCUUGCUAAAGGUGAUAUAAAAAACAUUGUUGAUCCGAGGUUGCGGGGAGAUUUCCACGUUGGCUCUGCCUGGAAAGCUGUUGAAAUAGCAAUGAAUUAUGUAUCCCCAACAUCUGCUAGAAGGCCUGUCAUGAGUCAGGUGGCAACGGGACUAACAGAAUGUGUGUCCAUAGCUGGGACGGAGGGCUGGAUUCAAUUCCAUUAA